AUGGCAUCAUCCGAUAGCGAUAGCAGCUCGAGCAGAUCGACCUCACCUGAACUUACGACCGAAAAAGAGAAACAAAUGACCCAACACUUGAAGGUGCAGGAAUCAAGCGAAGAUGAAACCUCGGACUCAGGUUCGGACUCGGAUAGCGACUCCGACGAUUCCAACGAAAUGAAGCCCAGCUCCGGUUCAGGCAAGAAGGUCGCAAUCUCCGGUCCUCAGCCAUACAAACCACCAGCAGGUUUCAAGUCUGCAAAGAAGCAGGCCCCGCCAUCCUCCAAAGCCUCCUCCCUUCUCUCUAACCUCAAGGGCAAACAUGUCCUCCACCUCACAGCACCAGCCUCUCUGCCUUUGUCUAAGGUCAAAGAGGUGUGCAUGGCCAAGAUCAUGCAGGGUGAACCGAUCAUCACUCACGACGGUGUGAACUACGGUAUCCCGGUCGAGGCUCUUUCUGAGGCAGAUCCUGCGACCAAAUCGCUACUUCUUUUCGACGAGAAGACUGAAACAUAUUGCACGGCAGCCCACGGCAUCCCGAGUUACCACGUUCAAGAAAUGAUUGGUCUCCCAAGCACAUCUAAAAAAACCGAUGCCGUAGUGGCAGAGAUGCGCAAAUAUGUCAAGCCAGCCCGGCCGCAACCGAAGAACUUGAAGAUGCGCUUCAGGCCUGUCGGGACAACCACUGCGCCUCCAGAGACCCUUGAAUUGAGCUCGGAAUCCGAGACUGAGAUGCCUUCGUUCAAGGUCCCUAGAGGAGAGGAACGGAAGAGAAAGCUUGAUCACGAUGAGUCUGAGGAUGAAGCUCCCCAGGCCGCAGCGCUUCCUCGCAAGAAGUCAAAGAAGCACUCACAAGAAAAGGAGGAAAGUGAUAGUCUGAGCCAGAAGAAGUCCAAGAAGUCCCACAAGGAUAAAGAGGAAAAGAAACGGAAGAAGUCCGAGAAGGCAUGA